GGGAGUGAGAGGGCAGUUCGGACAGCUGCCUCAGGAGGCUUCAAGAGCUGGAGAAGCCUACUUCCCCCAGCCUUGCUAGCCUGGGGUGGGGGGUGGGGGGGGCAGAUGCCAACUUGGACUUUGGGCCCUGUUCCUCAACCUAGCUCCUGCUCCCUGCCCCUUGGAGAAAACAAGCAUCUUGUCUAGUCUGCAACUGCCUUUUGCCUCCAACACCAAGUCCUAAGCAUCCCCCAUCCUUCGUCCUGAUGGAAAUCACCAACACCUGCACCACCCAGGCCCACCUUGGGCCUCACCUGGGAUGUGGGGUUGGGGAAGCCCCACAGUGGGUGCUCAGGAUGCCUGAUGAGUGCAGGGUUUGGAAGGGGAGGACAGACACCUCAGACAGGCUUCCUGGCUUCCAGAGCUGCCUCCCUCACUUCACCCAGAUGGAGUUCUCAGUUGUGCGACAGCAUGAGGAGUUCAUCUGGCUACAUGAUGCCUAUGUGGAAAAUGAGGAGUACGCCGGUCUCAUUAUCCCCCCAGCCCCUCCAAGGCCAGACUUUGAGGCUUCAAGGGAAAAGCUGCAAAAGUUGGGUGAGGGGGACAGCUCCAUCACGAGGGAAGAGUUUGCCAAAAUGAAGCAGGAGCUGGAAGCGGAGUAUCUCGCCAUCUUUAAGAAGACAGUUGCAAUGCAUGAGGUCUUUCUGCAGCGCCUGGCAGCCCACCCUACCCUGCGCCGAGACCACAACUUCUUUGUCUUUUUGGAAUAUGGCCAGGAUCUGAGUGUCCGAGGAAAGAACAGGAAGGAGCUCCUUGGGGGAUUUCUGAGGAAUAUUGUUAAAUCUGCAGAUGAAGCCCUCAUCACCAGGAUGUCAGGGCUCAAGGAGGUGGAUGACUUCUUUGAGCAUGAGAGGACCUUCCUGCUGGAGUACCACACCCGCAUCCGGGACACCUGCCUGCGGGCAGACCGUGUCAUGUACUCCCACAAGUGCUUGGCAGACGAUUAUAUUCCUAUCUCUGCUGCACUGAAUAGUCUGGGAGUACAAGAAGUCAACCAACUGAAGAUGAGCUUCCUCAAAUUGGCAGAAUUCUUCGAAAGGCUAAGGAAGCUGGAAGGCCGAGUGGCAUCUGAUGAGGAUCUUAAGCUGUCAGACAUGCUGAGAUACUACAUGCGAGACUCACAGGCAGCCAAGGACUUGCUGUACCGGCGGCUCCGAGCACUGGCUGACUAUGAGAACGCCAACAAGGCACUGGACAAAGCACGCACCAGGAACCGAGAAGUGCGGACUGCUGAGAGCCACCAGCAACGGUGCUGCCAACGCUUCGAGCGUCUCUCUGACUCAGCCAAGCAGGAGCUCAUGGAUUUCAAGUCCCGCCGUGUCAUCUCCUUCCGCAAGAACCUCGUAGAGUUGGCAGAGCUGGAGCUCAAACACGCAAAGGGAGGUGGAACCCAAGACACUUGGGUCUGAAGUCCUGGGCUCCACCUGACUCAGCCCCACCCUGGACUCCAGUCACAUCUGCAGAAGGCCAAAGGCUCAACUUGGCUUCUGACUCAUAGAAGCAACUGGACCCGGCCCUCUUAGAGGAGUCAGUCAUCCAUGAAAGCAAGCAGACGAAAACCAGAGAGAACCCCAAAGACAGAAGAGUUCAAAAGGAACUCUGUAACUUGCAGUCUCACAGCCUACCAUUAGGCAGGCCUGAGCAUGGGGUCGGAGAAUAGCCCUCACUGCCCAGCUGUCCACCUGGGUAAGAAGUUACAGGGGAAAGAGUUCAGACAAAACAACACUUCUGCCCAAAGGGCUCUUGCAGCCAGCAGCAGACACACCCUCAUUCAGCUACCUCCUAAACAGUUUGGCCCCAACUGAGGCACCACCUAUGAGUGGUGACCAUCAGAAGGAGACUCAGCCCAUCUCUGGGGCCCAAUGAAGGGGGUGGAUGGAGGCCAGGUGUAGAGGAGAUAGAUGCUGCUCAUUACCUCAGCAGACCUUCCCCCGCAAGAUCCCUUGGGCCCCAACCCUGAAACAAACAUCCCAUUAGUGAGCCUUUUUAUUGUUGUGUGUGUUGUUUUUUUUUUAAUUGAAGGUCCCUUACUGGUCCUGUUUCCAUGAGUGCCAAGACCAGGGGAAAAGGGGAGGGGAACCAGGUGGCGCAAGGAAGGGUCAUCUCCA